AUGGCAGUGUCCUGGACACGAGUAUUGAAGAGUGGAGUUAUUCCAAGAGACGCAACUCAAUUGGUUGGGACAAGAGGCUUUGCCGUUGUGGCCAAGGGAAAGAAGGACGGAAAAGGUGGCGCGGCUGAUGCUAAACCUGUGCCCAGCAAAGAAAUGAAGAGCACACGUGUGUUUGGGGUGAAUAUCCUGAAGGAGGGUUCUGACCCGAAUAUCCAACCAGACUCUGAGUGCCCUGGCUGGCUGUGGCACAUGAUCGACAAGCAUCUGGUGCUGAGCGAGCUUCGGAGGAAAGAUGCCAAGACGCUGCCCUAUGAAGACCAGAAGCGUUUCGUCAAGCUGGACAACCGGACUCGGAUCAAGGAGAACAAUGCUCUCACAGCUAAGAACUGA